AUGUCCUUUCCUCCCAUCCUCCCCGCUCCCAGUUCCCACGACGCGCCCAGUGCCGACGCGCCCAAGGGCAGGAAGCGGCGCACUCCCAGCCAUGUAUCGCUAAAUGCAUGCACCGCCUGCAAGAGGGCGCGCGCCAAGUGCGACGGCGAAGCCCCCGACCCGUGCAGCAGAUGUGUCGCGCGUGAUGUGGCCGACCAAUGCCACUACGAAGUCCAUGUAAAGACGGCCAAGGAGGACAUGGUCCGUCGCAUCAGGACGCUCGAGCAACAGAACGCCGCGCUGCUGGGCUCCAUGGAGGAGCGGGAGCGUGCCAUACGCAAGAAAGACCUCUGGAUUGAGACUUUUUUCAACGCCCUGAAGGAAGGCGAACGCGGCCCCGAGGUCGUGGCGAUGCUGCAAGCGGGCCAAUCGUACGAUCAAAUUGUGGAAUGGCUCGGGCAGCCCCCUUACGCCGGCAUCACACAUCUGUCCCCAUCCUCGGAGUCCCGAUUAUCGCGCAUGGCUAGGAACGCUGACGCUCGAGAGGUCUUGGAGAGCACGACAAGCUACGAGACUGCCAUGGACCUUGACGCGAGCCCAGAAAGCCAGGAUUCCUUCAAGUGGACCAACGUCGACGUCACCAAUGCUCAGAGCCACCAUCUCAUGGCUCUGUACUUCACCUGGAUCCACCCUGUGCACAUGCUUUUUAGCGAGGACCACUUCAUGGGAAGCUUCCAGAAGGGCAGUAAUACGUACUGCUCUAUUUCUCUGUUCAACGCCAUAUGCGCCUUGGGAUGUCUCUUCAUGAUGGACCGAGAGAAACAGAGGGCGAGUUCCAAUAUUUUAUUCCCCCGCUUCCUUAAGGAAGCACGAAAUGAAGUGGGUAUGGAGGACCGAACAAGACCCACCUUUGCGUCCACCUAUGCCGUUCUCUUUCUGAUUGGGAUCAGUUCUGGAGAGGCCCGCAAGGCCUCCGCCUACCUCCGCCUCGCUGCGGAAUCCAUACUCCAUAUAGAUGCUUCAAAAUAUGACCCAGCGGCACUAGAAAUUACUUCAUGGGGCAUCCACACAUUGAACAUUGCGUGGGCUGGCUUCACCUACCAGAAGCCGUUCGCCCCAGUGUCAUCGAAAGCAACCGUGUUCAAGAACGUCAAAUUCGAUACAAACCAGGAUUUCUGGCAGCCCUAUCAACAUCCCGCAGAUGCCACAACCACCAAAAUGCACAGCCAUGCCAUUCGAACCGCAAAGGAGCUGGCUGGGCUCAAUCGGAUCAUCAUGAACACGAUCAAUGUUUACUGUGGAAGCCGCGGGCCAGUCACUGCGCAAUCAAUCUUGCAACUGUACCGGAAAUACUUAGAGUGGAAAGCUGGCUUACCAAGUAUCUUGGACGUCGGCGAAGAUGACUCUCAAAAGCUUCCACAUGUCUAUUUUCUCCAUGCAUACUAUCAUGUUGCCCUUUGUCAACUCUUCCAGCCACUCCUAUAUCACAGAUUCUCUCAGACGACUCUUGACCAUAUCAAGAGUAUUACGGUCCAGACGGCUCAAGAUGGGUUCAAAAUCCUCCAGGCUUACCAGCAAUCAUGGUCAUACCGCUAUCAAGUGCCUCUUCAACUCUUUUGCCUCGUCCAUAUUUGCGAUGCAUUGGUCCGGUUUGACACUCCCGAGAUAGAUAAGCCGGAACUCGUUGAAUUCUGUCUGAAAGGACUGCACGAGGCAUCGCCCAGCUUUUCUUUUGUAGGGCCGCUACAAUUCAUGUUCCUCCAGACAGUUCGCGAGCAGGGAGUAGCUACGCCGGCUAAUUUACAUGAGCUGAUGGAUGGUCGGACACACUAUGGACCGGAAGAUUUGCUUGACGCCUGCGAGAGGGUUACGUAUGUACAACCAAUCGAAAUUCUGCUGCAGCGAUUUGAUCCUGGGAUUUCGGCAGACUUCGAACCCGAGUGGCAAGAGUUUAUUGAGUCUCACGGCUCUGGCGGCGAAGGAAGUAGUGACGACAUAAAAGUGGUACAUUCAUUGCGACAGGCAAGGCGCUCGAUGCAAAUAGGCUCCUUCGUGAAUUGA